CGGCUCGGAGCAUCCCUGGAGCCGCAGAGCAGCUUCCCCGCGGCGCCGGCUGCCGGGGAAGGGAUGAAGACGCUAUGGCCAAGCUUUUGCUAAAACUCCAGCGGUAUUUUCGGCGCAAACCCGUGCGUUUCUUCACUCUGCUGGCCCUCUACCUGGCGGCCGGCAGUUUGGUUUUCCUGCAUUCCGGUUUUUCCGGGGAGCCCACGGUGCCGGGGAGCCCUCGCAGCCCCGCGGCCGCCGAGGGGCCGGGGCUGCCCUACCUGGGGGUGAUGCAGCUCAGCCGCGGCUUCAAGGCUGCGGCGACAAUGCCGGCGGGGGCCCGGCGCCACGGCCCCUGGUUCAAAAGCACCUCCAAGGAGCCGUCGGAGCGGGGAAAAUCCCGGGAUAACGGCGGCCCCCGGAGCCGGGCGAUCAGGGGCAGGAGCGGCCGCGAGAAGGAGGAGGACAGAGCCCGGUACAUCGGCUGCUACGAGGACAACACCCGGCAGAGGACCCUGCGCGGGAUGUCCUUCUUCGACUACAAGAAGAUGACGGUGUUCCGUUGCCAGGACAACUGUGCNNGCAGGGGAUACCUGUACGCUGGGCUGGAAUUCGGGGCCGAGUGCUACUGCGGGCACAAGAUCCAGGCGUCCAACGCCAGCGAAUCCGAGUGCAACAUGGAAUGCAAGGGCGAGCGCAGCAACACCUGCGGCGGCAUCAACCGCCUCUCCAUCUACCGCCUGGAGCUGGCCCAGGAAUCCGCCCGCAGGUACGGAAGCGCGAUAUUCCGGGGGUGCUUCCGCCGGCCAGAAAACGUCUCCAUCGCCCUGCCCGCCAGCCAGCUCAUGCUCAACAUGUCCGUGGAUAAAUGUGUGGAUUUCUGCACAGAAAAGGAAUUCCCGCUGGCAGCGCUGGCGGGCACCACGUGCCGCUGCGGCUUUCCCAGCACGCUGUUCCCGCUGCACGAGCGCGAGGACGAGCAGCUCUGCGCCCACAAAUGCGCCGCCGAGGAGUUCGAGAGCUGCGGCUCCGACGAGUUCCUGCUCGUCUACCAGACCCAAGUGCAGGACAACCGCUGCAUGGACAGGAGGUUCCUCCCCAGCCGGGCCAAGCAGUUGGUGGCCCUGGCCAGUUUCCCUGGAGCCGGGAACACGUGGGCCCGGCACCUGAUCGAGUUGGCCACCGGCUUCUACACCGGCAGCUACUACUUCGACGGGUCCCUCUACAACAAAGGAUUCAAGGGYGAGCGGGAUCACUGGAGGAGCGGGAGGACCAUUUGCAUCAAGACCCACGAGAGUGGGCAGAAGGAGAUCGAAUCCUUCGACUCGGCCAUCCUGCUCAUCCGCAACCCCUACAAGGCCCUGAUGGCCGAGUUCAACCGCAAAUACGGGGGACACAUCGGCUUCGCCGCCCACGCCCACUGGAAGGGCAAAGAGUGGCCGGAGUUUGUGGCCAACUACGCUCCGUGGUGGGCAACGCACACGCUGGACUGGCUGCGCUACGGCAAGAAGGUGCUGGUGGUGCACUUCGAGGACCUCAAACGGGACCUGUUCGUGCAGCUGCAGAGGAUGGUGGGGCUGCUGGGCGUGCCAGCCUGCGAGGACAGGCUGCUGUGCGUGGAGGGACAGAAGGACGGCAACUUCAAGCGCUCGGGGCUGCGGAAACUGGAGUACGACCCCUACACGCCCGAGAUGAGGAAAGCCAUCAGYGGCUACAUCCGAACCGUGGACGCCGCGCUCAAGCUGCGCAACCUCUCGGGGGUUCCUGAGGAUUAUUACCCCAGAUGAUGGUGAUCUUGGUGGCCUGGGGGUGGCCCGGUGCUCCCUGGCCUCUGCCUAAUUCCACCCAGUGGGUGGCUCCUCUUUUAACCCCCCUUGUGCCGCUGUCGUAGCUGUCGCUCGCUCCCUGCAUGAGCCGCCAAAGGUCCCCCCGGCCACCGCUGAGCUUCUCUGCCGACCCCGGCACGGGGACAUGGGUGCCUUCGCUGCCCUGGGGUCCCUGCUCUCCUUCUGGCCCUCCUGGGAAGGGCGAUGGGAUGUUUGGGGUCCCCUCGUGCUGUCCUGGGGAUGCCACACCCGACUCACCCAGAGCUGAGCUCCCUGGGGUGCGUGUCCCAAAAAUCCCAGCCCGGGAAGGAUUCCCCAUGUCCUGGGAUGGAAUCUUCAUCCUUCCCAGGGGAGGGAGGAUGGACUGAGGGGGUGGCACCAUGUGGGUGAUGCUCCCAUGGAUCCACCUGAGGUUAUGGGAUGGGGAAGGCUGUGCUGUGCUGUGCCCCCACACAAGGCGGCUGCGGCCCCUUGAGCCAUCCCGUGGCUCCCUGAAAAUUCCCUGGAAUUCCUCAGCCACAGCACUGGGAAAAAUUGCUGCUCCAGCCCCUGGGAGAUCCCCACCAGGGUGGCUGCAGGUGGAAGCUGCCCUUCCCUGUGGAUUCUGCUCCAGUGGGGGAUGUUUUCCCUGGACAGAGGAGCUGUCAGGACCCACAAGCUCAUCCAGGCCUCAUGAGCCAGAACAGCCCCCAGGAGCAUUUUGGGGGUGCCAGAAGCAGUUUUUGGGGUCAGAAACGGAGUCCACCCUCUGAUCCAGCAGCACCCAACCCCGCCAUGGGGAGCAAACCCCGGGGCUGAGCUUUGGGGUGUCCCAAAGCCAAACCAAAGGAUCCCACACGCCGGGAACGUGCCGAUUUCCAGGCUGGCUUCACGCACAGCUGCAUGUGGUCCCUGGCUGUCCCCUCAUCCCACGCCACCCUCCCCAUCCUGGCUUUGCCCUCAGUGAGCUCCCCAAAGCUCCCCAAMGCCCUGCCAGACCCCCUUGGAUGUAGGUGCAAAAGCCAUAAAUCGUGCGCAGCCUUUUCUAGAGUUAGCGAUUCACCAAACGGCUUUUACCGCUCAAUCCCGAUAGAAACGCGGGCACAGGUCGAACCCAGAGACCUCUCUCGGUCUCUGUUCCAAGAGAGAAGAAAAUCCCCAGAGUAAAAAAAAAAAAAAAAAAGGAGAAUUUCAAUAAAAAUCUAUUUUUCUAACGUGCGUGCGGAGCAGAGCUGGGCUGGGGGGGCUCCUGCUCUCCUGGUUUUUUGGGAGAGUGGGUUUUUUUUGGGAUUGAGGGCGGCAGGAAUGGAGCUGAGCCUGUGUUCCUUUUCUCACUGGGUUGUCUACCUCAGACAGAAUGAACUCUCAGGGCAUCCCAGCUAUUAAAGGAGGGGUUUUGUUGCUGUUCCACCUCCCCCGUGU